ACACACACACACACACACACACACACACACACACACAAAGAAACAAAACAGGAAGCCAAAGAAGAUAAUGAAAGCAAUUUGAAAUAGAGGAACAUAGAAUUAUGAAAUGAAUAGGGUGCAACAUGGAAGAUAACAAAACUAAGAAUGAAGAGAAAGAAAAACAAGGUUAAGUUUGAGGUUCAUAAGGGUAAAUCAAGACAGGUAUGAAACCUAGAGAAGGUAAAAAUGAGAACUCACGAUGCUAGGCAGAGAGAAUACAUGAAUUAAAAUAAACAUUCACUUUUUGGAGCAACUCACUCUCACAAGGAGAAGGUUUUGUAAGCAGACAGUGCUGUGCAUGGGAGACCUGCCCUCUCAAAGGUAGUUGCCAAAUGGUUCCAGAUAGCUGAAGGAAACAUGUAUCAAAUUUCAGGCCAGUCUCAUUCCUCCAGGAGAGGAGCUGCUUUUUUGGACAAAACCCCCAAUCUCCUGUUGUGCGUGGUCUCUUCUGCCUAUUUUAGGUGUUUUCCUUAUUUCCAAUGAAAGAAGCCAAGAUCAGUAAGCACUUACACAGUAGCGUCUCAGUUUCCUUACUGGGCAUACUACAAUGCAAAGAGAGCGGUCCAUGUCUGGUCACCUGCCAGGAUACCAGAAGACUGGGAGAUAGGCAGCACAAGAAAUGGCCUAAUCUUUCUCCAUUGUGCUGUAGAAUGAUUAUUUUCAAUAUGAAAUUGGUUACAAUGUAUUCUUCACAUUGUUUUGUGUUUGACAGCAGUGGACUUUGAGUACCAAAUUUUUUUUGAAUAGCUACUCUGAGUGAGAUAUUGUGCUGAGUGUUGUGGCCACAUGGAUGAAUGGAGUCGGCCUUGUUAACUAUUAAACACAAAAGCAUGUGAUAGUUACCUGAGAGAUCCAUGCAGGGGAGAGUCCAGGGGAAGGUGACUGAUCACUGCUUCCCAGGGGGAGGCAGAAAAUGCUUCCUGGAGGAGAUGAUGGGUGGAUUAAGGAAGACAAGUUGAGCAGGAGUUGUAGCUACCGGCCAGGGAGGAAGGGUAUUCAGAGCAGAGGAAGCAAGGUGAGCAAAGGCACCAAGAUGUGACACUACUGGACUGCCAAGCUACUCAGUGUGGCAGAGUAGGGCAAAGGAGACAAGAAAGAAGGGAGAGGAUUAAAUCACAGAGUGAGCAAUUCUGAAAAGCAACAGACUCAUCAGGAAUAAACACUCACCAUCAUAAAUUCAGACUUUCUCGUUAUUACCUGUCCUUUUAGGGCAACUUGAGCCUUUUGUUUGACUUAGCAUAACAUAAAUCCAAACUAGGGUUGUUUUCAUUUCCCCAGGCACAGUAGCAGACAAUUUCUUGAAUACUUAUUUGCAGAUAGAGUUUGUGAGUGUCAGCAUUUCUUGAGCACCCACAAGGUGAGUAUAGUAGAAAAAGAAGAACAUGGUCCUUGACCCCCAGAAACUUGCCUUUUAAGAGAAGACAGCCUGAAGCGACAAGCUGUUAUAGGUUAGUGUUUUAAACUAUGGAAGAACAAUCUGAGCAGAGUGCUCUGUACUGUAGAAGACUUCUUAGAGGAGAAGUUACUUUUGAAAUGAAUUUAGAAAAAUGUGGGAAAGAUGCAUCCAUGUAUAUUUGAAGACCAAAGACAUUAAUGCUGUCUCUUCAGUUUAUUGUUGAAUAUUUAUUCCCAAACAAACCAAAAGCUAAUAGGAUGUUACUUAAAACAUGGAAGUCCCAUUUCCUCCACUACUACCAGCACUCAGGUAAAAGCAUGGAGCAAUCAUUUAAAAUCUUGCCAAGGGGCUUUCUGUUUUUUCUGUACUACCUGUUGCCAGACCACAGUCCAUGGCUGAUUAAAGUGGUAUCAGUACUUCAUCUUCAUGUUCCUAUUCUCUUAUCACUAGAUGCCUGUGAGGAGCCACCAACAUUUGAAGCUAUGGAGCUUGUUGGUAAACCAAAACCCUACUAUGAGAUUGGGGAACGAGUAGAUUAUAAGUGUAAAAAAGGAUACUUCUAUAUACCUCCUCUUGCCACCCAUACUAUUUGUGAUCGGAAUCAUACAUGGCUACCUGUCUCAGAUGAUGCCUGUUAUAGAGAAACGUGUCCAUAUCUAGGGGAUCCUUUAAAUGGCCAAGCAAUCCUUGCAAAUGGGACUUACGAGUUUGGUUAUCAGAUACACUUUAUUUGUAAUGAGGGUUAUUACUUAAUUGGUAAAGAAAUUCUAUAUUGUGAACUUAAAGGAUCAGUAGCAAUUUGGAGCGGUAAGCCCCCAAUAUGUGAAAAGGUUUUGUGUACACCACCUCCAAAAAUAAAAAAUGGAAAACACACCUUUAGUGAAGUAGAAGUAUUUGAGUAUCUUGAUGCAGUAACUUAUAGUUGUGAUCCUGCACCUGGACCAGAUCCAUUUGCACUUAUUGGCGAGAGCACGAUUUAUUGUGGUGACAAUUCAGUAUGGAGUCAUGCUGCUCCAGAGUGUAAAGUGGUCAAAUGUCGAUUUCCAGUAGUCAAAAAUGGAAAACAGAUAUCAGGAUUUGGAAAAAAAUUUUACUACAAAGCAACAGUUAUGUUUGAAUGUGAUAAGGGAUUUUACCUCACUGGAAGCGACACAAUUGUCUGUGACAGUAACAGUACUUGGGAUCCCCCAGUUCCUAAGUGUCUUAAAGUGCUGCCUCCUUCUAGUACAAACCCUCCAGCUUCGAGUCAUUCAAUGUCGACUUCUCCCACUACAAAAUCUCCAACAUCCAGUGCCUCAGGUCCUAGGCCUACUUACAAGCCUCCAGUCUCAAAUUAUCCAGGAUAUCCUAAACCUGAGGAAGGAAUACUUGACAGUUUGGAUGUUUGGGUCAUUGCUCUGAUUGUUAUUGCCAUAGUUGUUGGAGUUGCAGUAAUUUGUGUUGUCCUGUACAGAUAUCUUCAAAGGAGGAAGAAGAAAGGCACAUACCUAACUGAUGAGACCCACAGAGGAGUAAAAUUUACUUCUCUCUGAGAAGAAGAGAUGAGAGAAAGGUUUGCUUUUAUCAUUAAAAGGAAAGCAGAUGGUGGAGCUGAAUAUGCCACUUACCAGACUACAUCAACCACUCCAGCAGAGCAGAGAGGCUGAAUGGAUUCCACAACCUGGUUUGCCAGUUCAUCUUUUGACUCUAUUAAAAUCUUCAAUAGUUGUUAUUCUCUGGUUUCACUCUCAUAAGUGCAACUGUGGCUUAACUAACUUUCCAAUGUGGUUUGAAUGUAGGUAGCAUCCUUUGAUGCUUCUUUGAAACGUGUAUGAAUUUGGGUAUGAACAGAUUGCCUGUUUUCCCUUAAAUAACACUUAGACUUAUUGGACCAGUCAGCACAGCAUGCCUGGUUGUAUUAAAGCAGGGAUAUGCUGUAUUUUAUAAAAUUGACAAAGUUAGAGAAAUAUAGUUCACAAUGAAAUUAUAUUUUCUUUGUAAAGAAAGUGGCUUGAAAUCUUUUUUGUUCAAAGAUUAAUGCCAACUCUGAAGAUUAUUCUUUCACCAACUAUAGAAUGUAUUUUAUAUAUCGUUCAUUGUAAAAAGCCCUUAUGAAUAUGUGUAUGCUACUUUGGCUCUUGUGCAUUAAAAACAAGAACACUGAAAAUUGGGAAUAUGCACAAGCUUGACUUCGUUAACGAAGAAUAUUAUUGAAAAAUUCUCUAAAAGUUAAUAGGAUAAAUUCUCUAUUUUUUGUAACGUGUUCGGUGAUUUCAGAAAGCUAGAAGGUGUAUGUGUGGCAUUUGUUUUCACUUUUUAAAACAUCCCUAACUGAUCGAAUAUAUCAGUAAUUUCAGAAUCAGAUGCAUCCUUUCAUAAGAAGUGAGAGGUCUCUGACAGCCGUAACAGGAGUGCCACUUCAUGGUGCAAUGUGAACACUGUAGCCUUGUGGUUUUCCCAAAGAGAACUCCAUAUGUUCUCUUAGGUUGAGUGACCCACUCUGAAUUCUGGUUACAUGUGUUUUUCUUUCCCUCCUUAAAUAAAGAGCGGGGUUAAACAUGCCCUCUAAAAGUAGGUGGUUUUGAAGAGAAUAAAUUCAUCAGAUAACCUCAAGUCAUGUGAGAAUCUUAGUCCAUUUACAUUGCCUUGGCUAGUAGAAGCCUCUUAUCUAUGUAUGUGUCUUACGUCAUCUCCUAAAAGGCGGAGUACAAAGUAAGCCAUGUAUCUCAAGAAGGUAACUUCACUUUGUCUAUUUGCUGUUGAUUGUACCAAGGGAUGGAAAAAGUAAAUAUAGCUCAGGUAGCACUUUAUACUCAGGCAGAUCUCAGCCCUCUACUGAGUCCCUUAGCCAAGCAGUUUCUUUCAAAGAAGCCAGCUGGCGAAAAGCAGGGACUGCCACUGCAAUUCAAAUCACACUGCUAAAAGUUGUGUUUUGAAAUUUUAUGUUUAGUUGCACAAAUCGGGUCAAAGAGAUGUUGCCUUGAGGAAGAUAUGAUUGGAGAAUCAAGAGUGUAGAAGAAUAAAUACUGUUUUACUGUCCAAAGACAUGUUUAUAGUGCUCUGUAAAUGUUCCUUUCCUUUGUAAUCUCUGGCAAGAUACUUUAGGAAGAUAAAAGUUUGAGGACAACAAACAGGAAUUCUGAAUUGAGCACAGAGUUGAAGUUUAUACCCGUUUCACAUGCUUUUCAAGAAUGUCGCAAUUAGUAAGAAGCAAAGAAUGGUGUUUUUUAGAAACCUAAUUGAAGUAUAUUCAACCAAAUACUUUAAUGUAUAAAAUAAAUAUUAUACAAUAUACUUUUAUAGCAGUUUCUGCUUCACAUUUGAUUUUUUCAAAUUUAAUAUUAUAUUAGAGAUCUAUAUAUGUAUAAAUAUGUAUUUUGUCAAAUUCGUUACUUAAAUAUAUAGAGGCCAGUUUUCUCUGGAAGUUUGUUUAAAUGACAGAAGCAUAUAUGAAUUUAAGAAAAUUUUUUAAGCUGCAAAAAUCUAUUUGCUAUAAAAUGAGAAGUCUCACUGAUAGAGGUUCUUUAUUGCUCAUUUUUUUCAAAAAUGGACUCUUGAAAUCUGUUAAAAUAAAAUUGUACAUUUGGAGAUGUUU